CGUGGAGCUUGCUGACAAAUACUAUACAGGCCCCACGUGACUAUUAGCACGAGCGUGUGUACGUAAAUCAAAGUACGGAUGUCGACGACGAUGGACACAACCUGGCAGUGAUAAUCAACAGCGACCAGUAACCGUCCCACUAUGAAGAACAAACUAGCAAGGCUUAUACAUGCUUAUGCUCGAAAUUUAUCUCUGCUAAUAUCGCUUGAUAACUCAGCUACGCCGAGGCUACGACUUGGAUAAAGUCAUAGAAACGGGCUCUUUCAGUGAUGAAUGAACCUUUCGAGUGGUCGAAUCGAGGAAUUCUUGUCGGUUUUCUGCUUCGCCGUAUGCAUAUCAAGCAUACACUCGUUUUGCUUAAUUCAUUCGUGUUGAGUCCGAUCUCAUCCUUGCUAGACACCUAAAGCCUAAGGGGCGAUUUGGAUUCAGACCUUUGACAUUGACAUUUUCGAUCGCGAAGGCUAAGGCUUCUUUCUCAACUUCCAUCUUCUCUGCAUGGCUUCAACCGCUUCCAUUAUCACCAUUCGCCAACGGCGUCCUCCCUCUCAAGCUCAAGCGGAUGAAGACGUUGAUCCAUACGCAUCCCGCAGGCAAAGCACUAUAUCUUGUCACAAUGCCGUUCAUCCAACCGAGUAUCACACAAGCAGACUGCCCAAAAUCGAACGAACUCCGAUUCCCAAACUUCAAGUCUCUAUGGUCCUUUUAAUUCAACUUUCCGAACCUAUCGCUGCUACUGUCAUCUAUCCGUUCGUCAAUCAAUUUGUGGCGAGCACUGGAAUCACUCAAGGCGACGAGAAAAAGACUGGGUAUUACGCUGGAGUCAUUGAAUCUGUCUUCUUCCUCGCCGAGUGUCUCACGGUACUCAUGUGGGGGAUGGCUUCAGAUCGCUUUGGACGCAGACCUAUUCUCUUAAUCGGACCUCUUGGUCUGUUUUUCGGUGCUAUCGGCUUCGGACUGUCCACGUCGUACUCGCAAUUGGUACUUUUUCGAAGCAUCCAAGGUGCAUUCAACGGAAACAUUGGCGUGUCGAAAACGGUUCUGGCUGAGCUGGCAGACGCCAGUAACCUAGCGGAUGUAUUCGCUUUCAAUCCCAUGAUGUGGUGUCUAGGCGGGACUAUUGGUCCGUUUCUUGGUGGUACUUUAUCGGAUCCCGCGAAUCAGUGGCCAAACACCCUCGGCAAAAUAUCCUUGCUCCGAGAAUAUCCUUUCUUCCUGCCUCUCGCUGUCAGUGGUUGCCUAUCUCUCUUGUUCGUCACCAUUGCAUUCUUUGGAUUAAAAGAAACUCGCUCGUUCCAAAUCUCAAACCCUCAAACAUCUAAAUCUCAAAGUCAAGACCGCAAGCAUUUCAAGAAGCGUCUUUCUUCCAGGAGUAUUGAUGGUCUAGCACAAUCAGCAGGGAGUGGUUUUUACUACGGGUCUGUUGCAGCGCCGACCGCUUGUUCAUUUAUCUCGACUGCGACCGCGUCUAGCUUUGUCGAGCCCACCUUCAGCGCCCUAGGGACUGGUGAAGACGAUGAUUUUCCUCAACAGCCUCCUAUUCUAAGUUCCUUGAUGAUUCCACAAGUUUUGUUUCCGAUCCUGAGCUAUAGCCUUCUCGCCACCAUUGAAACUAGUAUCUCGGUCCUUAUUCCUAUUACUUACACGACGUCCAUUGCUAGCGGCGGUCUGGGUUUAACCUCGUUCCAGUUGGGCUCAAUUCUUGGUUCUUGGGGUAUCCUCAAUAUCUUAUUUCCAACUUUUGGCAUACCCCGGAUGAUUAGGUAUUUUGGGCCAUGGAAGGUGCAACUAAUGGGGAUGAUGUGUCCGCUGCUCAUUUUGUCGUCUCUCAUCACUCUCAACAUACUUGCAAAGCGCCCUGUGGGAGGAAAUGACGAUCUGCUGUUCUGGGUUGUGGUUGCUAUUCAGUUUGGAUCGUAUACGCUAAUGAAUAUGGGUUUUGCUACCGCUCAAAUGUUCGUCAUCAACGGAGCGCCGAACCAAGCUGCGCUCGGGACUACCAAUGGUCUUCUUCAAACAGCAAAAACACUUUCAAAAACGAUCGCUCCGGUAUUUGCAAUGUCGCUGUUCUCCAUAUCAAAGGAGUACAAUGUUCUGAAUGGUUAUCUGGUUUAUUUCUUUUUCAUUGUUGUCACUCUGUUGGGUAUCAUGACUGUUUCCAAGCUGCCCAAGGAAUUGUUGAAUUUGGCGAAGUAGAAUUCUAUCAUAGAUUUCACUCACAUAGCUGCAACCUCUAAUAUGUAA